AUGGUGCGCUUUGUUAAUUUGCGUUGUUUACUUGGCAAGAACGUGAUGCUUCGUCGGAUUCUUCCGGGGAAUAUGAAGAAGCCAAGUCUUUCAGGUUAAUAACAUCUUUACAUUUUGAAUUAUUAAUGUUAUCGGCUGUUAGUAUGCUGCUUAUAUUUCCCCCGACGAUUUGGCUUGUGUUUUCGUGUUUGUUCAUCAUGAUAUAGCCUAUCAGCAUGCGAACAUUGGCGCAUUAAUAUAACCUCGAAUCGUGCUUUGUUUGCGUCAACUUGAGACGCUGCAAUGCAUUGAACUAAUUUGCGCGUUCGAUCUCCGCAUCUCGUCUGCGCAGCGCGUAUCCCUAUAAGACUAUUGCAUGGCGAGCUACAUAUCAUAUUCUUGUCCUCAGUUCUCCAUAUUUUACAAUGCAAUCUUAUUUACAAAAGUAUGUGGUUUGAUUUGUUUUCUUCCCUGAUGUUAUAAGGCUUAAGACCCAUUUCAGUUGACUUAACAUGCUUCGACAAUAUGCUGUUCGGAGUUCCUUAAAUAUUGAUACGAUUACUUUGCUAUAUUGGGCUAUUGUUGUUGCUGCCAUAUUUUGACUUAAAAGGUUAUUAUUGUGUCUGGAUGUUCAAAUAUAAAUAUCUUCUUGUAUGUAUUUAAAUGUUUAGUUUCCCCGCGGCAACGUAGCGCGUAUAUGGAAAAUGUUUAUUCGUAUUUAUGGAAAAUGUUUAGUUCAUAACAAAUGCGCUUUGGACGAGUACAGCUUUGACUUUUAGCGCUAGGAAUGGGCUUUAGAAAUUAGAAUUUCCCUUGACCUCAUGUGUUUACCCGCUUAUAAAGUGUAAUGUGCAAUCGCCUUAACCUCUCCGCCGCACAUCAACGGAUUAAACAAAAAAAUUCUAAUCUCCAAAGUUAUUCUACUGAUACGAUAUCGUGUACAUGCAUGUGGUUGUUGUGAUAUAAAUGAAAGAGAUAGCUGUAUUAAAUGUUAGAAUACACGCGCAAAGCAUGUUCCAAAGCUUUCGGUGUUGUUAGGGUCAUAGCCGUGUCAGCAAAGAACAUUUAUACGCAUUCCUUAUUAUGAAGUUACCUAUCAACAAAGAAACAAGCGCUCGCUCAAGUAGUUGUAAUUGUAUAUAUAGUGUGAAGUUGUUUAUUAGCCUGGUGGACUAAAUCACCUUUCUUCAAAUGUAGGCUAUAACUAGCUAUGGGACAUGCAAGUGGGUGAAAAUUGGGUUUUCAUAUUCUCUGUCUUCUGUACAUAGUGUGUUAUGUAUUUUCGUUUGUGAAUAUUUUCUUUAUCACGUAUUGUUGACAGAUGAAUUGUAGCGCAAACCAGACAUCUCCACUCACUGGCAAACUCCAGUACUCCACAGCGGCGGAGUUUGUAUAUAUACUGAGAGGGCUUUAAUUUACUACAUACAUGACCUCAGUUGCUUAUAUGCACCCAAAUUGUCAGUUAAAAAAAAAAUAUAUAUAUAUAUAUAUAUAUAUAUAUAUAUAUAUAUAUAUAUAUAUAAUUUAAACUUGUAUUAAAUCCUUGAGGCACAUACCUAAAUUGAAGGGUUAUAACACAAUCAACUUUGAAUCAUUUGAAAUUUACCACCUUAUAGCCAGCUUUAUUUUCAAAUCUGACCAGAUGUAGUUUACAUAUUAAUUUGUAGUUUAUCGCAAGUUCGACAGUAUAUUGUACAGCUUAUGCAGUUUCCAGAUUUUGCAGUUUGCCCACAAAAACACGGAUGAAUUUUAGCUACUAUUAAAUAAGCAAAAUCUCCACUUAUUUCUAUCGUUUUUCUUCAAUUAUUGCAUGUUACUGCACGUUUUUAAAUGCCAAGUUAGUAUUAACAUUCUUUAUUUUACUGGCUAAACUCCAUACUCUGCUAAUCAUCUCCGGUUUACAGCGAAGUUUAUAGAACUAGACUGUGUUUACAGAUUGCCUGUUAUUUUUCCCACAUUGAAUGUAUGUUGAAUGUUACGUAAAACAAUGCACCAUCGUCAAAUAUUGUCCAUGUCAUUGUAUUUUGUAUGGCAGUUGUGUUGUUUGAUGGUAAUCUAAGACAAUGAAACAACAUUGGGGGUUUCAUAAUUUACGCAUGAAAGCGUUGGCAAUGCUCAGUGACUAUUUGCUACUCGUCUGUUCUUCAUUGCUGCAUUAAAGGCUAUAGAAUCAAACACUCUAUGCAAACCAUAAACAUACAGUAAAGAUAAGUAUUAUGAGGUAGGUUUUGCGUAUAAAAUGGGCGCGAUAAAACCAUUUAAGCAUGCAUAGAAUGAUUUUGUAUCGUAUAUAUUAUAUGCGAGAUUUUGGAUUUCCCAUUCACAAUCCAAUUAUACACAGCCAGUGAGAUCCAUAAGAAGUAUUUUCACCUGCUAUAAACUUUCAAUUCGAUUAUUGUCUAGCAACGAUUCUUAUGUGAAUUCGGAGAUUGUGUUUCAUCACAGGAAAUUCGAGAUAUUUCGAUUGUUAUUUUGGCUAUAGGCCUACCAAUUUCUAUAUUAUAGAAAAUGUAUUUCCAUAUGCUUACAUAUUGAUACAUGUGAUUAAUUAAGAAUAAUGAAUAUAUAGCCAAAACGGUUGAUUUGAUGAGGUUUGCCAUAAGCUCUAUACUGCCAUAGACUAUAUUUCGCCAGCAGAAUUAGCUUGGAUUACAUUGAUACAGUAUCUAUUACAAUUUAAAUGCUAAAUUAUAUGACAUUCUGAACUGUCUGAGGGGCAAAAAAGCUUGUUGACGGUGUAGUGGGUGGUUUGUAUGACCUUAAUCUCUACUCCUGCAGUCCAUAUUAAUGUUAUAGAAACGGUUAAAAUCAGACAAAUGAUUGAUGGAUGUUGAUGUUUUUGUGUAGUUUGGUAUCAAAUAACAUCACACGGAAAACAAUUUAAGUUCUGCCAAAUUUUGUGCGGAAACAGCCGUACCCCUUGGACUUGCCUAUGGCCAAAGUGCGUUUUUAGUUGGCAAGAGUGGGCCAAAUUGAUCUAGCUGUUUCACAUUCAAAAACACGCUGCUUAUAGUUAUAACCCAUUUAAUCAGUUUAGUUAAAAAUAAACUGUCCUCUCAGUGUUACUAUAUAUGUAGUAUCGUAGUAUGUACUAUCCUGACUAUCAUGCAGGCCCAGAUACUCAAGCAAUCUCUAUACAGGAGGACAAGUACGCGGAGAAAACCUGCAGUGUUCAUGUAGUAAAGUCAUUAUGUAAAUUGCAUGCGAUCUCUUGAGAAUUAAAAGACAAUAAAACGGCGGUCAUGUUGGUGGCUUUAUCAAUAAAAGAUAAAGAGAUUCUUUUGUUGAAAUACCACCAACAUGGUCGUAGUGACGUAACGUGCAAUCGACCUGACUGACUGGUAAGAUGAAACGCACAUGUCUAACCACAUACAUGCAGUAUAUAAUACUAAAGUAAGAUGUGGUCUUUUAAGUAUAUUUUGCUCUAAAUUUGUAUCAGAUCGAUCAUCUUCUUCGUCAAGCUUCGAGUUUUCGAUACUGAACAAAAGUGUACGUAAAAGCCUAAAAGGGGCACAAGUGGGGUGCUUAUUUCGCUUCUAAAAAAGCGGGAUAUAAAUAAGGCGAAGAGUGUAAACGCGGGAGAGGGGCGUGAUUCAUUAUUUUAGCUGCAUAAAUUUGAUUAGAAUUUUGUCCAAAUUUAUAGGUUUGCUUUUCUAGCGUUUUCCCGUUCCGUUUAUCUCAGUUUACACACGCCUCUCCAACGCAAUGUAAUUUCCUGUAUAGCUGUCAUAAUAAAUUAUUUUGAAAUAACCUACCGCAAAUUAAAAGGUCAUGUCGUUCACUUUUUCUUUCGUAGUAUAUACUUUGCUCUGUGCAUGCACAGUUAUAACGGUGAUGCAUAGCUCUAAGGACAUAGGUGUGCACUAUACAACAAUCAGAGAGAAUGGUUGAAAUUGUAAGACAACUUAAGCCUCUCAAAAUUCACAGAGAUUGAAACACGUGCAACAUGUUCAAUUGUAAACAUAUGUGUUGAUAGGGAAAUAUAUUUGCACCUAGGUGCUGCAUGUGUAUCGUGUAUUGUACUGUACCGAAUAGAAGUUUCAACUCCUUACCAAAUAUACUAUUUAUUUGAGCUGCUUGCACGGUUUUCUUCUGAAUUUCAGCAGAAGUUGAUUCUUAUUGCUUGGUCGGUACAACCGGUAUAUACCGUAUAUUAAUUUGAGUUACGUCAUAGAUGGUUAUAUAUUACCUAACAUCAAACUUGAAAUCUAAUAACUAAUUUUAUACAUAAUGUUUCACUAAUAAUAUUAUUUUAUUGACUAGUAAAUGUAUGCAGGCUUAAAAACCUUUUCUGCAAAAUGUUUUUAAAAUUAAUGCGUCUUACAGAUAGUUUUACUCUUUUAUUUUAUUGCGUCAAACAUUACUUUAAUACUUUAUAUUUCAACAUUUUUAAAUGCAAAGAACAUGAGUUUAAACAGAUCCCAUGGUCCAUGUACUUUAUUUUUCGGUUUUUCCUGCCAAAAGAGUUUAGCCUGGGGCAAGGGUAAGACAAACAAAGUCAAACUGUCAAAGUAUACAGAACCGACCAUGCAUAUCUGAAUUUUAGGAGUCCUUUGGCUUUGCGAAUUUCCGUGUUUAUAUUGUUUGGUUAACCUUCAGAUAGCUGUUGAUUAUAGCACUCAGCAACCCAUCGGAAUUUCAUGUUUUUAUGUACAAACAUUUUAUUUUUCUUUCCGUCCGAAUGACAUAGUAGGCCUAUUAUGCAUAAGGCUCGACCUCGUCUUUAUGGCGCUAUGAAAAUUUAACAAAUGUGUUAAAUUAAAUUAAAUUACAUGCACUUAUACCAAAUUAAAUUACACGGUUUUAAAUUAACGAAGGAUGACCACAAAUUAGUAUAAUUGAAUUGAAACUUGAAAGAUGACGCUAUGCUAUAUAGUAUAGGUAUAGCUACGUCAAUUUACGUUAUACAGUUGUUAUCAUAUCACAUAACGUAUGGCAUGCCGGCUCAUAUGCUGCAACAUUAUAUGUAUAAUUCAAGAUUUUCAUGAAUUUAACACAACUUGUCCAGUAAAUCCUAUAUACAUAGGCGUACGUGAUUCGGGAAGCAUAAAAUAAGGGGGCAAUAAAAUUUAUCAAUAAAAUUUUCCAUGCUAAAUUUCCUAAAUUGUUGAAGAAAACCAACCGUUUCACAUUUCACAUGUAAGAAAUUAACCAUUUCACAAAACAUUAUAGGGCACAUUUUUAGCUGCAUCAUUUUUUUAGUGUUUAGUGCCUUUCCCUAACCCGUUAUAUUAUAGCUUAUAAUUUUACGUUUUCGAAACUAAUUUCAUCGCUCAACAUUAAAAUUUUUUUUAAACCAACCGUCUUAUCGGGUAAAAAUCAAGAAUGCAUGCAUGCAGUAAAACUGUUAGUUCCAAAGCACUGUUGCCUUCAGUCAUGUUUGACUUCUAUUCUUUGCACGAGACUCUUUUCCACCCCUUUUAUAUAUCUUAUACUUUUCUUCAGUAUCAAAUUACCCCCGUGGUACAUAACCCAUGUAAGAUAGAUAUAAAAUUCCCACAUUUUGUCAUCCUGUAAAUCUCGUGUUUGUGGUUAAAGUGUUGAUUUGUUUUCGCUGUGGUAUGCAUGUUUCUAAAUAACCUUGAACGAAGUCUUAUAGUUUAAUAUAUGUGCGUAAUUGACAUUUAGGUCAUAUUUGCGGUAAGCUUUAUUGUCUAGCUUUGUCACAUUGCCGGCUUUUUUGGCCAUACGUCAUCGUGUAUAAGGAUCUAAAUUCUAAACGCCAUAUAGUACUAAGUGAUAUUAUGUAUAGAGACGUACAUUUCAAGGAUUAAUUAAAUAAGUCAAGCUUCUCGAAGUAUUGUUCACUUGACAACCACCACAGUCCCCAUAUUCUUGUUUGUCAUUUGGCAUCCAGUGCGUGAAUAGCAAGGAACUUAAGAUUGAAGAAGAAAUAUUCUUGUUAUUUUGAAACGUAAAGAAUUCAUUUUGACUCAAGUGUUUAUUUCAUUUUUAAAAAAUUAUUUUCGAUCCAAGGUUAACAAGACGCUAUACUGAGCGUUUAGUCGCUGGGUUGUUAAAAUACACUGAGGAUAGUACGCGAUAAAGCCAAAGGCCUGCACAGAUUUGACGAUAGGUGCGAGCAAAUCUAAAAGUAAGUGUAAUGUGCCUAUACAUUCACGCACCAUAUAGUAUGUUAGUAAUGCAGGCAAAAUGCGCCUAAAUUUAUGGGCGAAUUUAAUAUAACUCCCCAACUUCUUGAUAUCUAAUGACUUUAAAUGGCUUUCAUUAAAUUUUAUAGGUCCAAACUGUACGUUAGUAUAAAACCUUUUCGCAACUCCGUGCCCGCCGAGGUACUGGGCAGAAUAGUACUGUAUAUAGACUAUAGUUGUUGCAUGUCAUUACUGGUAGAUUUACUUAUAUUUAUUUCGUUCGAAAUAUUAUACAUAUUUCGAUAAGUCGUACUGAUUAGUGAAAACUUAUACAUCUUAUACAUGUCAUACAUUAGCCUAGACUUUCGCAAAGUCCGUUUUCUUUUUGAGGGGUUAGUAGAGGAACAGAGGGAGGGGAAAACGGAGCUCGCCUCUUCUCGCACGUACUUCGUCGCUCGCUUGCGAUAAUUAUGGUAAAAAAUUGGAGAAGUUGACUUUUGGCAAGUCUAACAUUAGCUUAACUGAUAUUGUGAGGUCAUUUUUAAAAUCCUGUGUUGUCUUGCAGGCUUGCAGCCUUGUUACAUGCCAAAAGACGUUUUCUUUUGCCGGUUCAGUCCUAGUGAAGUAUACGUCAUCAUGUAUAAAUUAGAUCUAAAAUACAAUUUUGGUAUAAAAUAUUAAUAAGAUUAUAAAGUCCAAAUUCUUGCAAUAUUGUUCCCUUGACAACCAGCACACUCUCAACUUUGUUUACAAGUCAUUGAAAAGUAGCCUAUGUGUUGUCACGGAAUGUUGUCAAAGAAUUUUCCAAAUUCUUUUAUAGGUCAAGGCCACAUUGGCUUACAUUCAGCCGUUCUGAUGCAUACAAAACCGCGGAAUGUGGCGUAUAACCUCAAUACGUAUAGCACGUCACCAAUUCUAUAUAUAUGACUAUAUUUGAUAUUAUAUAAACAAUGAUAUUUAUUCGGGAAGCUCCACUCACCGAAGUCUGCAAUAUAUAAUGAUAUUUAUAUUAUUUGUUUUUGUGUUUUUUUUUAUAAACUGCGGUCUUUUCAACCAGAAUUUUCUCAUGUUGAAAUUAUUGAAAAAGCUAUUUUCUGAAAGACCUUUGAUGUCAUAACCCAUGCGGAGGUGAAAGAACCCGGGAUAGGUAAAUGUGAGGCAUGCAGAAUAUGAUUAUUUAGAAAGAAUUACAAAAAAGAAAUUUACAAAAAUCUUGCUCAUCGUGACUCGUGACUACUCCUGCCACUUACUAACGAAGAUAUUCUCUACUAUAGUUCACUUCGCAUCGGAGAAUGUAUCGAGUACUAUCAUACGUAUAGCUUGUAAUCAAAACUGUUUAUCUUAAUCCACCCUGUGCUGAUAUCGGGAUACUGGAGGAAAAUCCACGACUUUCGACCAGAGCUAGGCUGCGUAGCUGGCGAUUUUAUUAUAGGGACAGGACUUAUUUUUGGCGCAUCUCUCAGUGGCAUAUAUAGAUCAGUCAUUGGGGAAAAAGUCUUGUGAAGCUCCUCCCCCAUGAAUUCACAUAAAGUGACUGAGGACGAGAUAUCGGGAGCGGGAUGAUUGCAAUGGAUGGCUGGAUCGCUGUAUAUAAAGUUUUCUUUGUUAUGCACAUAGAAGUACGGCCUAGUUGAUUCGUGCACUAUAUAAUGCCAAUAUUUCAAAAUCAUAUUAUCAUGUUUAUUUUAGUAGACGUUUUACACCCGGUAUGCAUUUAGCAUGGGAAAGGCAUAAUGGUAUAUUAUGGACGCAAAUCUAUAGCACAUUCACCGUGUGCGUUCUGUUGGAUUACUUCCGCUGGUCCAACUUUAAACUUUAUAAAAUAGAAUAAAAAACAUUAAAAAUGGAAAUAGUAUUUUAAAAUAAUUUGGUUGCCGCAAACGCCAAGAUUAUAUUUUUGUUUAUUUUAUACUGUAUGAGCGCUCAACAAGCAAAAUUGAAAUCAUUUGCAAGACAUUGCAUGUAGUCCCGCAAUUAAUGCAUAUAUAUCCUAUAACUGUUUUUGCAAAACGAUGCAAGUAAAAUGCAAGUAUAGAACUGCGCACUGUUUCCUUUCUGGCAGAAUUACUAACUAUAAAUUUAUAUUCUCUGUUGUAGUAGUUGUACCAUGUAUAGUUAACUCUAUUUCUAUUAUCACCUCUUUAUUUGGUGUCAUGUUUAAUUGUAUAUAAUGGGCAUUCCGCAGAUGAAUUUAAUACUUUGUUCUUCCCAUUUUGCACUAAAAGCUGCAAAAAAGUUAAACAAACAGAAUUUGAGUAAACAGUGAACAAAUCUGAACAAACACGUGCGUAAAUAUAUAAACAAUUAUGCUGUCGUCAAGCCAACAAAACCUUCUAGAGUUGCACAAUGACAUCAAAGCGGGUUAUCGAUAGGAGGUAUAACCGCAAGUGCGCCACAGUGUAGAUCCUUCAAAUUAAAGGAAAGCUGCAAGAUUUGUCAACUUUGAAUUACAAGUUUGAGAGGAGUUCUCUUGCUUAGUUUUGAUGUAUUGUGUUCUUUCUUUCAGAGCUAGAAGCACUCGAGGCUUGCUAUUGGUUGAGAGCUACUGGCUUCCCGCAGUACGCGCAGAUGUAUGAAGGUAAUUAUAAACAUUCAAUGUCUUAUACUUUCAUUUGAGGUGUGAAUUUCAGGUGUGAAGUAGUUUACUUGUACAAUACCUUAAUAAGCUCAUGCAUGUUGCCCUGGUAUAUCCAAACAGUCGCAAACAAUCAUAGCAAAACAACUGGGUAUUGCGACCUCGUGUUUCUUUGUCACACAUUCUUUGUCUAUGUUGUUACGUGAAACCAACUAAUGAUUUGAGAACUAUGGAUAUAAUCUUUAUCAAAUCAUCGAAAACUAAUUGCAAAUACUAAGUAUGAUCACAAGAGUAAUUAAUCGGUAAUCGUUUAAUAUAUUAAAGGUUAAUUAGCAUUGUAAACAACACCAACGGUCGCCCACCGAUAAUGAAUAUAAGACGAAAUAUACAAUUACAAACUCCGAACAAUAGCGACAUUUUGGCCUUGGCAUUAUUUACCAACGUGAUCAGUUCUAAAUGAUGGCAAACGAUUUUCCUCGUCAAAGCGAAAGUGAAAAUCAUCUCAUACUUCAUUGCAGCAAAGAAUUAAGGCAAUUUUCCAUUGCAAUCGCUUUGCCCGAGUGGGUGGAGCGAACAUUACUCAACUUUCUCUGUAGUUGUCUAUCCUGUGCAUUUUUUGUCCGCCAGAAUGCUCGCGGACAUGCCAUGAAGCGAACUACAUUCAACUUUCUUGGCGUGCCCGCGCGACUGAUUUUUCACGUGAUUAAAAUUGUCCCUCCGCCUGAGCGAGCAAAGCAACCGAAAUGGAAAAUGGCCUUUAUAGACUUGUGCUCAUAUCCUCCUUCUUAAUCAUCGGUGUACGAGGGAGGGGCUUGGGCACCCUAAUCAUGUUUUAAAGAAAUAUGUAACGUUGCCAAAAUGUCUUAAGACUCAACUGAUGUGUUUCCCCCUCUUUCGCCGACAGAAGUUUGUAUUUGUCGGGCUAUUUCCAUCAACGCCCCUAAUUUUUUUUUUCCUCCCGUACGCUCAUGUUCUCAAUGUCACUCGGCCUCGGGAGAAACCUCAACAAUAAUACUCUCGCAUUCUCGGAAAAUACAGUUUCGUUGGGGGAGAGGAAAUAAGCCAGGAUAUUUGAAUAUAACUGCAUGUAAAGAUUAGGUUGUCGUUGUGUUAAAAUCAUCGUGUGCAGGAAAAAUCAUCUGUCGUAUAUAGCACACGACAUACAUUAUGAUUGUCCUAACCUAUGUAAAAACAUGUUAUGUUGUUAUCUUCAACGUUUUGAUCCAACCGGCCUUCUUAAUUUAUGUAUUAUUGAUCUUAAUAUAUUAUUCCUUAAUUUUUUUAUACUGCCAUAGGCAUAGCUUUGCUACCCCGAAAACGUCCCGCCGAUGUGCCCAGAUUAAUAAUGACUUCUCAUGAAUAAACAAAACAAAUUUUCUAUAUAUACCUUUAAGGAGUUCAAAUACAGAAUUGGGUUCAAUUGAAUCCUGCUGAUAAAACGUUCUGUUGAAUACUUGUACAAACGAAUAAAAACAUGCUUGGAAUUUAUAAGAAUAUAACUGUAUUCUAGCAUAUAUAUAAUAUAUCAAUAUGCCCGUUAUAUUUAAUAAUUCAAUCAAUGUGAGCAUUUUGUAUAAAAGGGUGUAGUUUUCUUUGAUAUAUUCUUGAACUGUCUGUGCCGGUGUAGGUAGUGCCAAUAAUACGUAUGAACAAGCUUUCGUUGGUAGGGAUGCAACUACCUGAAAAAUGUAAGGAGAAUUUCGAUGUUUCGAGCGAAGGCCCUUCGUAACUUUGGGAAUUUCUUAUUAGUUAUCAUGCACAGAACGAUUAUUGUGUAAAAACGUUGACUUUUCAUAUACGUUCGAUUGCUUUGUUACAAUUCCCACAGGUUGUCUUUCACUACAGGAAGCUUAAUUUUAAGCAAUUGA